AUGGUAGCCAUUUACCCUCACGCUCCUUUAAUUCACAAUAUAAAAACCACAUGUUAGUGAUUUCUUGAAACAAAUUGCAUAUGGGUUCUCAAAAUUUUCUCUCUGUGGUGGCCAAGAAUAUUGAUGUGCUUAUUGGGCCUGUGAUUGCUCUUGUCUAUCCUUUAUAUGCUUCAAUCAAAGCUAUAGAGACAAAGUCUCAAUCAGAUGACCAACAAUGGCUAACUUAUUGGGUUCUUUACUCAUUAAUCACACUCUUUGAACUCACAUUCUCAAAGCCUCUUGAAUGGUUCCCAAUAUGGCCAUAUGCUAGGCUAUUUGCCACAUGUUGGUUAGUACUGCCUUAUUUUAAUGGAGCUGCUUAUGUCUAUAAGCAUUUCAUCAGACCAUUUUACAGAAAUCCACAAGUUAAAAUAUGGUAUUUACCACAAAAGAAAGGCAUUUUCAGUAAACGGGAUGAUAUUUUAACCGCUGCAGAGAAAUAUAUAGCAGAAAAUGGACCCGAAGAGUUCGAAAGGAUUAUAAGUAGGGCUGAUAGAGAAGCAAGAUCACGGAGGGGAGGUUAUACUAUUGUUGAUGAUAAUUAUGGGUAUUGAGUUUUAUCUUGUGUUUUCAAUCUAGUAAAAAAAACUCAAUUGCGAAAUAUAUGUCGCAAAAGCUUAGAUGUCUUCUUAAAUUGAGCUUUCUUAUUGAGUCGAAUGUUAUGAUGUUAUUAUAAAUGUUUUUAACUUCCUAUGAAAUGCUUUUUGUUAUCGUG